UUAAACUGCGCGCAACUCUUGUACAUCAGUCUCCAGGCUGACCAGACGCGCGCUUAUAAUUUGAAAGUGAACCUUGAUAUAUUGCAGGAUAAGUCACCUGACGCUGUUGAACUUUCUUGCGAUUUUGCAAACUGCGCAACAACGCCAAAAGCUCUCCAGAUGAAGCUCGUUCGGUUCUUAAUGAAAUUGAACAACGAGACCGUCACUCUCGAGCUCAAAGACGGCUCAAUAAUUCAUGGGACGAUCACAGGCGUUGAUGUUCAAAUGAAUACACAUCUUAAAACCGUUAAAAUGACCGCCCGAAACCGUGAACCAACCUCAUUCGACACCUUCACUAUCAGAGGGAACCAUAUUCGCUACUUCAUCCUCCCUGAUUCACUUCCUUUAGACACGCUCUUGGUGGAUGACGCACCGAAACCUAAAAAUCGUAAAAAGGACGAGGCUCGUGGACGAGGUCGCGGUCGAGGCAUUGAUCGAGGGAGGGGCAGAGGCGGUCGCGGCGGCGGUCGUGGAAGGGGAAGAUUCUGAAUAUCAUUUUCAUCCUGUGCUACUAGUGUGUGUCUUUUGUUCAGUAUCCCGU